AUGCAGUCCUCUAUUCUCUUCCUGGCUUCCGCUAUGGCCCUUAUCUCACACGCCACUGCUGGACUGAUUUCUCCUCGUGAAGAAGCAUCCCUCGCCCAUUUUGAAAUAUUCGGCGACGAUAACUGCACUACUGCCGAAAGUAUGGGCGAAUUUAAUCUCUAUUCUGAGGAUACCGACAAAUGUCACACAUUUCCCACGGACAAGGCCGUCAAAUCUGUGUACAUUUCUUAUAUCAACAAUAAUAAUGCAGGCAGUUUAGGAACUGUGAGAUUAUCCCAGGCUACACCAGCAGAUACAUCCUUACUUCGCGAUCAUAGCUGCAAGUCGGUCUGA